AUGCACUCAGAUCAUUGCCUUAGCCACCAUCUUCAUAUUGGCUCCUUUAGGGAGAAAGAAAACUUCGUAAUGCAUCAGAGACUCCAUCAGAGUCCUGCACAACACACUCUUCUCAGUACAUCCUCAUCCAAGCGGUUGCUAAUAGGACCAGAACUUUAUCUUAAGGAAAACCAUGUAGCUGCCAAAGUCUGGAGGAAGUACAGUUUACCAAAAGCAGUUAAUACUAAAUCUUGCUAUGACAAAAAGAAAUUGGAAGAAAAGUUUCAAAUGUCAAUGAUGAGAUUCUGCAGUUUUUGUGGCAUCCAGUCAUCAGAUUUACAGAAGUGUAGUCGAUGUAAGGUGGAAUUAUACUGCUCUAGAGUCUGUCAAAGAAAUCACUGGAAGAAGGGACAUAAGAUGGAAUGUAAGGAGGUGAGCGUUGAACUGUCUGAGUGCAGUUUUUGUGGCGUCCGAUCUCCAGAUUUAAUGAGAUGUAGUCGAUGUAAGGGAGAAUUCUAUUGUUCACGGGAAUGUCAAAGAAAUCACUGGAAAGCUGGACACAAGAGAAAGUGCAAGGAAGUGAGCAUAGACGAAUCAAGUUCACCAACGUUGAUAUGCACUUCCUGCAAAAAAUCGUCAGAACAGCUAAAGAGAUGUACAGGAUGUCUGCAAGUGUCUUACUGCUCCAAAGAGUGUCAACUUCAGGACUGGACGCAGAAACACAAGGAUGAAUGUGUGAAGAUACAAGUACGAGUUGAGGAGGAAGAUUGUUUACAGGAAGUGGAAAAAGACGACCAGAAAGAUGUUGUCUUCAACAAAAAGAAGUCCAUCGAAGAAGAAGAGAACGAUCAUAAAUCGCUUAAUGUUUGUACUGUAUGUGGGGAAAAACGUCUAUUGAAAGUAUGCCAAAGAUGUAAGGUACAAAAGUACUGCUCUGCUGAAUGUCAAAAGGCAGACUGGAAAAAGCAUAAAUCAAACUGCACAAAAAAAGAAAAACCAACACAGAGGAGUGAAAGGGGCGCUGACGAUUCAUUGCCAAUAUGUGCAAACUGUAAAAGUCAAAGUGCAGCUUUCAGGUGUACUGGUUGUAGGGUUGUGUACUACUGUUCAGAAGAUUGUCAGAAGUCAGAUUCGAAAAAACACAAAACAUCGUGUAAAGCAUACAGAUUUCAGACGAGAGUGAGAGAAACUCUAACUGUUGCAGAAUGUUCUAUAAUGGGUCUUGUCACGCCUGAAGAACACGGAGGGAGGAACCGAAACGACUUGAAGAACGAUACCGACAAAGAAAACUUUUUGGCAUUUUUUUCUUGUCGUCGAUGUAAAUCUGCAGCUGGGAAUUGCAAAGUCACCUGUGCCGAAUGUAAGUCUGUAAUGUACUGCUCAAAGCUAUGCAUGGAUCUGGAUAAAUCGGAACACAGAAAAAUGUGUGUACCAUUAUGCUAUCAAAUAUCAGGAAUUUCAGUAUCAUCAUGCAGAGGCUUUGAAGAUUCUGCGGGACCUAGUCCCUUUAAACAUACAACAUUUUCUUCGCCUUCUCACGCCAAAUUGCCCUUUCCAAUAAAUCCAAUAUUUGUUGAUGAUGAUGCAGAUCUGAAAUGGAUCGUUGAAAGAAACGUGCAGUCACAAUAUAAGGCGAUAGAGAAAACUAACCGGAAGUUUCCCUAUCACACUCUGAUUACCCGUCUAAGGGAAAUUCCAAUAGAAGGGAGGUCUAUGUUUACUUCCAACAUAUCCACACUUCCUUAUGUGUUUCUCGCCUGCAUUAGAAGGUUUCAUAACUACAGGGGCCGCCAUAAUGUUUACUUGCAGGAUUCUGAAAGGCGGGAAAUUUAUGUUUCCUUCUACCUCCCAAACGACAAUCCAACACCAUACUUUCAGUGGAGUGACAUUGUUCCUGGAAAAUUUGUCGCCAUUUUGUUCCCUUGCAUCCAUUUCUUUGGUGAUGGCACUGUUGGUUUGCGCGUGGAUAAAGCCAAAAAUGUUUACUGUUUUGAUGUUAAAGACUAACAUUUGCAUUUUCAAACUACAACUGGCCAUUUAUAAGUCGGAAGAGAAAAUGCUAGUUAGCACUGCUCACCUUUUACUACUUCAUCACGGUCAUGCAAAUUUUCUGAUAAUAAGCACUUUGCCCAAGAAAUUAGAUCUGUUGUGCAUAUAGAAUUUGUUUAUCAAUGUGCGUCAUAGAGAUAUAGCUCUAUAAAUUGUAUGCUCCUUGCUUUCAUGGAUUAUCAUUGUUAAAGACCUCAAGAUGUACAUGAGUUCUCUGCAAAAGAUUAUAUCCAUUGCAGUGUUUCCUUGCCAUUAGUGUUUUACUUAUUAACCGUUUGCGAUUAUCUUGUCAU